CUCAGUAGUGUCCGAUCCGUGGAGGGGAUUAAAUGCACAGCGGCGGGACGAUGUUUUGUGGGCGACUGAGCGCGUGUGUGACUCUGUGUUUGUGGAUUACGGCGAUGCGGAGCCCGGGAAGUGUGAGCGCGAGGAAGCAGGACGACUCUUUCUUCACCGGCAGCAUUUACCGAGCAAGAUGCGCCUCGAGAUGCCUCAGUCUGCACAUUACUCGCAUCUCUGCCUUUUUCAAGCACUCUCAGAAUAAUGGAUCCUUGGUGUGGUGCCAGAAUCACAAGCAGUGCUCCAAGUGCCUGGAGCCCUGCAAGGAAUCCUGGGACCUGAAGGAAAACCAGUGCCAGGAUUUAUGUGAGCCCCUCUUUCCCAAGAAGCACUACGAGUGUCUCACGAGCUGUGAGUUCCUGAAGUCGGUAGAGGGAGUGAAGCAGGGCGACUGUCCCGCCCCUGAGAAGGCCAGCGGCUUCGCGGCAGCCUGCGUGGAGAGCUGCGAGGAGGAUGGAGAGUGUUCAGCUGUCAAAAAGUGCUGCUCCAACGGCUGUGGCCACACCUGUCAGCUGCCCAAAAACCUCUACAAAGGAGUCCCUCUGAAGCCGAGGAAAGAGCUGGUGUUUUUGGAGCAGCAGUCGGGUCAGCUGGAAAUCCGCUGGUCGUCCAAGUUUAACAUAUCCGUGGAGCCCGUCCUUUAUGUGGUGCAGCGCCGCUGGAACUAUGGCAUCCAUCCCAGCGAGGACGAUGCCACGGAGUGGCAGACAGUGGCACAGACCGCAGAGGAGCGAGUCCAACUGGCCGACAUCAGAGCCAGCAGAUGGUACCAGUUCAGAGUUGCUGCAGUCAAUGUCCACGGGACCCGCGGCUUCACUGCACCCAGCAAACACUUCCGCUCCUCCAGAGAUCCAGCUGCCCCUCCCAGUCCAUCCAGCCUGCGUAUCACCAACGUGACAGUGGGUGAUGACGGCCUUGUGACAGCUCGCCUCAACUGGACCCUGCCAGAGGAGCCCGAUAUCCCCGUACAUCACUACAAAGUGUUCUGGAGCUGGACGGUCCACACCAAGUCCAUGGUGCCGUCCAAGAAGAAAAGGAGAAAGACCUCCAAUGGGGCUCAGAGCUGGGUGGAUCUGGAUGGACUUCAACAAAACAGCAGUUACACUGUGGAGCUGCAGGCUGUCACAUACUGGGGACAGGUGCGACUGAAGAGCUCCAAAGCUUCUCUCCACUUCAGUACCUCCCAGAAUAACGAAUCAGUGAAAUCGGUGCUCAAGUCGAAGAAGGAGGAGAUAUCGCCUCUCAGUUCCACCCUGACCAAACGCCCUUCUGGCCCCCUAGAGGUUGGCACACCCUUCUACCAAGAUGGCCAGCUGCAGGUCCGUGUCUACUGGAAGAACCGGGGAG